ACCAACUUUAUCCAAAUCACCUGCUACCCAAGGAAAUUUUGUUUGAACUUUUGCGCGCUGUCUAGGUGUCUUCAGGCUAUUCUAAUUCCCCUCUCUGACCACUACCGCAACCCAACGCAAGACCCGGCGCGAGACCCAACGCAAGACCCGGCGCGAGACCCGGCGGGAGAUCCGGCGCGAGAACAAACGCGAAAGCAGCAACGAACCUACCUUACCCCUCAACGGUCGAUGGAAUGAAAAAGAUUCGGACGAAGACUUCGUCAGACCAGAAGCUCGUCAAGAGGUGCGAGAAGGAAACCGGACGGCGGUGUUCAGAUCCUGAAUGGCGGGACUUCAACGACCUGGCUCAAUAUAUACCAGGUCCGAAUACGGCUAUUCUGCUUGUAGAUAUGCAUCUCGAACCCGGGGAUCGUAAAGCUGUGUACAUCCACGACUCUAACGACGAGCAAGUGGAUAUGGUUGGCAUGGAGUACAAGGGGUUUACCGUCAUAAUACCUUGGGAGGCUGGACUCAAAUUUGUGUGUUAUGGACCAUGUAGGGUCGCUGAAAUUGUGGCUACCGGAGACAGUUCUUCUACAUGAGCCGUUUCUUACUCUGUGUUAAAUACAUUGCGGCCUUCCCCGAAAUCGGGAACAUGAUAAAGGGAGAGACUCCGUUGAUAACC